CUCCUGAGAGCUCCAGAACACACCGGAAGAAAAGGCGGCGAGCACAGUUGUUCCAAAGCAGGCAGGCCUUCGUUUUCCAUCUGCUACCCAGACGCCGGAGUAUGAAACUCGGCGCUGUUGGCGAAGAGACACCAUGGACAGCUCUCCAGGCGCCGCCCGGUUGGUCCCGCGCGUUGACUGUCCUGAGCGCUCCCCUCCGGCCGUCAGGCUGGUGGGGGAGGUAGGAGGUGGUCCUGACACCCAUCUUGGGCACGUGUCAAUACCAGCCCCCAAAGCCUUUCCUCAGAGUCCCUCCCUGGCGCCCACAAGGAGGGUUGGUAAACUGCAGAGGGGGGCCAGGGAGGUUGGAUCCUCCCUCUCCCGGGAUCCCCAGGGUUGGGAUCUGCAGCUGCGGCUUGGGGGACACGCGGGCCGAAGUGAAGGUCAUUGCGCGUGUAGGCGACCGGCAGCCCACCGGAGCCGGGCCCCUACAGGGCACGGGAGUGGGUGGGGCCUCCAUCCUGACGCCCCGCCCCUUCAUAACAAGAGGCGGUCCUUCCGCCCCCGGCUGCGGCGCAAUGCGGAAGAGAUGGGCCUGCUGGAGCGGAAGUGACGCUUCCGGCGGCUGUGGUGGCGGUGGUUGCGGGAGAAGAAGGAGGAGGAGCCGGAGGAAGAGGGCUGCCUCUGAAGAGAGAAGAAUGGCGUUCAGCAAAGGAUUUCGGAUUUAUCACAAAUUGGACCCCCCACCUUUCAGUCUCAUAGUGGAAACUAGGCAUAAGGAAGAAUGUCUCAUGUUCGAGUCUGGGGCUGUAGCCGUGCUCUCAUCUGCAGAAAAAGAGGCAAUCAAAAGUACAUACUCCAAAGUACUGGAUGCAUAUGGACUUUUAGGUGUUUUACGAUUAAAUCUUGGUGAUAUUAUGUUACAUUAUCUGGUCCUUGUCACUGGAUGUAUGUCUGUUGGAAAAAUUCAAGAAUCUGAAGUUUUCCGAGUUACUUCUACUGAAUUCAUAUCACUACGAAUUGAUUCUUCAGAUGAGGAUCGCAUUUCAGAAGUGCGAAAAGUUUUAAAUUCAGGAAACUUUUAUUUUGCAUGGUCUGCAUCUGGAAUCAGUUUAGAUCUUAGUCUUAAUGCACAUCGUAGCAUGCAAGAGCACACAACUGAUAAUAGGUUUUUCUGGAAUCAAUCUUUGCACUUGCACCUCAAGCACUAUGGUGUGAAUUGUGAUGACUGGUUAUUACGUCUCAUGUGUGGGGGAGUAGAAAUCAGAACAAUUUAUGCUGCUCAUAAACAGGCGAAGGCUUGCCUCAUUUCCAGACUAAGCUGUGAACGAGCUGGGACCAGGUUUAAUGUCCGGGGAACAAACGAUGAUGGUCACGUUGCUAAUUUUGUAGAAACAGAACAGGUUGUGUACUUAGAUGAUUCUGUUUCCUCCUUCAUACAAAUCCGGGGAUCUGUUCCAUUGUUCUGGGAGCAACCAGGGUUGCAGGUGGGAUCUCAUCGUGUCCGUAUGUCAAGGGGAUUUGAAGCCAAUGCACCUGCUUUUGACAGGCAUUUUAGAACACUAAAGAAUUUAUAUGGUAAGCAAAUGAUAGUAAAUUUGCUUGGAUCUAAGGAAGGUGAACAUAUGCUAAGUAAAGCUUUCCAGAGUCAUUUGAAAGCUUCUGAACAUGCUACUGAUAUCCAGAUGGUGAAUUUUGAUUAUCAUCAAAUGGUUAAAGGAGGAAAGGCAGAAAAAUUACACAAUGUUCUUAAACCUCAAGUCCAAAAGUUUCUAGAUUAUGGAUUUUUUUAUUUCAAUGGAAGUGAAGUUCAAAGAUGCCAGAGCGGUACAGUUCGAACAAACUGCUUGGAUUGUCUGGAUAGAACAAACAGUGUGCAGGCAUUCCUUGGCUUAGAGAUGCUAGCUAAACAGUUGGAAGCUCUUGGCUUAGCUGAAAAGCCUCAGUUGGUGACUCGAUUUCAAGAAGUUUUUCGGUCAAUGUGGUCUGUGAAUGGUGAUUCAAUCAGUAAGAUAUAUGCAGGAACUGGAGCCCUUGAGGGAAAGGCUAAGGCUGGAAAGUUAAAAGAUGGUGCUCGUUCUGUUACUAGAACAAUUCAGAAUAACUUCUUUGACAGCUCCAAGCAAGAGGCCAUUGAUAUUUUACUACUGGGAAAUACUCUGAAUAGUGAUUUAGCUGAUAAAGCUCGAGCACUUUUAACUACAGGGAGUUUGCGUGUUUCUGAACAGACAUUACAGUCAGCAUCUUCUAAAGUAUUAAAGAGCAUGUGUGAAAAUUUCUACAAGUAUUCAAAGCCCAAGAAGAUUCGAGUGUGUGUUGGAACAUGGAAUGUGAAUGGUGGAAAGCAGUUUCGCAGUAUAGCAUUUAAGAAUCAGACACUCACUGACUGGCUUCUUGAUGCACCCAAGUUAGCUGGCAUCCAAGAAUUUCAAGAUAAAAGAAGUAAGCCCACUGACGUAUUUGCAAUUGGUUUUGAAGAAAUGGUAGAGUUAAAUGCUGGAAACAUUGUGAAUGCAAGCACAACAAAUCAGAAACUCUGGGCUGUAGAACUUCAGAAGACCAUCUCCAGAGACAACAAGUAUGUGCUGCUGGCCUCUGAGCAGUUAGUGGGCGUCUGCCUGUUUGUUUUUAUCAGGCCACAGCAUGCUCCUUUCGUCAGGGAUGUUGCAGUUGAUACUGUGAAGACUGGAAUGGGAGGUGCAACUGGAAAUAAGGGAGCAGUUGCAAUACGAAUGCUGUUCCAUACAACAAGCCUUUGCUUUGUCUGUAGCCACUUUGCUGCAGGGCAAUCUCAAGUCAAAGAAAGGAAUGAAGAUUUUAUAGAAAUAGCACGAAAAUUGAGUUUUCCAAUGGGAAGGAUGCUCUUUUCCCAUGACUAUGUAUUUUGGUGUGGUGAUUUCAACUAUCGAAUCGAUCUUCCUAAUGAAGAAGUUAAAGAACUCAUAAGACAGCAAAAUUGGGAUUCUCUCAUAGCAGGAGAUCAACUUAUCAAUCAGAAAAAUGCUGGACAGAUUUUUAGAGGAUUUUUAGAAGGAAAAGUAACCUUUGCUCCAACAUAUAAGUAUGAUUUGUUUUCUGAUGACUAUGACACCAGUGAGAAGUGCCGCACCCCUGCAUGGACAGAUCGUGUCCUCUGGAGAAGAAGGAAAUGGCCUUUUGAUAGAUCAGCUGAAGAUUUAGAUCUUCUAAAUGCUAGCUUUCAAGCUGGAAGCAAAAUCCUCUACAUGUGGACUCCUGGCACUUUGCUGCAUUAUGGUAGAGCUGAGCUGAAGACUUCUGACCAUAGGCCUGUUGUUGCCCUGAUUGAUAUAGAUAUAUUUGAAGUUGAAGCUGAAGAGAGGCAAAACAUUUAUAAAGAAGUAAUUGCAGUUCAGGGUCCACCAGAUGGGACAGUGUUGGUCUCAAUCAAAAGUUCUGUACCAGAAAAUAAUUUUUUUGAUGAUGCUUUGAUUGAUGAGCUUCUGCAGCAAUUUACAAAUUUUGGUGAAGUUAUACUCAUAAGAUUUGUAGAAGAUAAAAUGUGGGUCACAUUUUUGGAAGGAAGCUCUGCCUUGAGUGUUCUAGGCCUAAAUGGUAAAGAGUUAUUGGGUCGAACUGUAACUAUUACUUUAAAAAGUCCAGACUGGAUCAAAAACUUGGAAGAAGAAAUGAGUUUAGAGAAAAUUAGUAUUCCACUGCCAUCAUCAACAAGUUCUACCCUACUUGGUGAAGAUGCGGAAGUUGCAGCUGAUUUCGAUAUGGAAGGUGACAUUGAUGACUAUAGUGCUGAAGUAGAGGAAAUUCUGCCUCAGCAUCUCCAGCCAUCUUCAAGUUCUGGCCUUGGCACGUCGCCGAGCUCUUCACCCCGGACCAGUCCCUGCCAGUCACCUACAAUAUCAGAGGGGCCUGUACCUUCCUUUCCCAUAAGACCAAGUCGAGCCCCAUCAAGAACUCCUGCGCACCCAGAUCCACAAAUUGACACUGUGCCAGCAACACAACAGCAAAAGGACUCUCCCCAGGGAUUAGAGCCUAGGCGGCCACCGCCUCCCCGCCCCGGCGCUCCCCCUGCGCGUCCAGCUCCCCCACAGAGACCACCGCCCCCUUCAGGGGCUAGGAGUCCUGCACCUGCUAGAAAAGAAUUUGGAGCACCGAAAAGCCCUGGAACAACACGGAAAGAUAAUAUAGGACGCAGUCAGCCUUCAGCUCAGGCAGGACCCACAGGCCCAGGACCUGCUGGAUACAGUGCAGCCAAACCAGCUAUUCCACCCCGUGCUGGAGUAAUCAGUGCCCCACAGAGCCAGGCUCGGGCAUCUGCUGGAAGACUGACUCCUGAAGGCCAAAGCAAACCCCCAGAAGUACUGAAAGGUCCAGCUCUUCUUCCUGAACCCCUGAAACCUCAGGCUGCCCUUCCUGCGCAGCCUUCUCCACUCUCACCACUUCAAAAGAUGCAGGAGCCUCUUGUCCCUGUGGCAGCACUUACACCCCAGUCCGCCCCCCAGCCACCACCUCGGAGCAGGUCGUCCCACACCUUGCCUCCAGAACCUCCAUCACAACCGCAGGUAAAAAACGGAGUCUCUGCUGUCAGACUGGAAUCACCGUUAAAGAGUGACCCAUUUGAAGAUCUGUCAUUUAAUCUGCUUGCUAUAUCAAAGGCUCAGUUAUCUGUUCAAACGUCACCUGUUCUAACCGCAAACCCAAACACGUUGAUUGAGUCACUUUCUGCAACCCAAAGUAACAUUAAUACUUUGAGUUCUAUAAGUUGCGUGUCAGCAGUGCCUCCAAUACCAGCCCGGAGUAAAUCCCAGGAAAAUACACGAUGUUCUCCAAACCCAUUUAUUACCACCUUACCCAGCACAAAUCCUUUCACUGACAGGACUGCUGCUCCUGGAAACCCAUUUAGAGCUGAGUAUCAAGAAUCAGAGGCAACUUCAUUGUUCUCCAAAGAAGAGCCCAUUGCUAAGAGUUCUUUUCCUCCUCUGAAGCCUCUUGGUCAUAACAAUACUAAGCCUUCAUUCUCACUUGAUGGUUUUAAGGACAGUUUUGAUUUGCAGGGCGAGCCUACAGUAAAAAUUAGCAAUCCAAAAGGAUGGGUAACCUUCGAGGAAGAAAAGGACUUCAGUGUGAAAGAGAAGUCACCGUCAGCUUGUCCAAACUUACUGGAUAAUCAACCAGGUUCAUUUUCUGGCUCCAGCGUGACCUUUGAUGAUGCCUGGAACAACAGUACAGAUGUUUCUUUCUGUGUGUUGCCAUCAAGAAGACCACCUCCACCUCUGGUCCCUCUGCUUCCACCUGGUACCACCCCUCCAGUAGAUCCUUUCACAACCUUGGCAUCUAAGGCCUCACCCACUGUAGACUUCAUGGAAAGAUAGUGGAUACAAUAGAAAGCAGUUGUUUUUUAGUUUUGGCAGGAUAGAGCCAGAACAACUGGGCAUUAGUUAUUCAUUAUGUGCAAUAAGUAAUUGUUAAGUGUACUGAUGUUAUGAAAUACCACUAUUUAAUGUGUUCAAAGUUGGAAUAUGUGUAUAUUGGAAAUAAGGAAAAAAUCCUUCUGAUUAACUGGAGUUUUGGUGUGUUUCUGUUUGGAUAAGUGAGAAAGCAUAGUAACCAUAAAAAGUGCUCAAAACUACUUUAGAAAAUAAUCCUUAUUCAUAAAUUUUAUCAGUCUUCUCUGAAGAAUCUCAAAAAGCCCAAACAACUUCUAGCUGACAUUACUGCCAGCCUUUUCAUACUUGUUAACAAUUGGUAUUCAUAAAUAUUUACCAAAGAGCUAUCAAACUUACACUGAAACAGAAUUUUGAAAGGCAUUGCUUUUUAAAAAAUGUGUAUAUAUGCAUAAACACAUAUAUACACUUAAAUACUUACAAAACUCAUAAUUUAAAUUCUAGAAUAUAACUGAGGCCAGAUUUUUACCUAAAAGUUCAAACAGUACUUUUUUCAAUACUUCAUUAUCAAAAGGAUGGCUAUAAAUGAAAUAUAGGUAGUUCACUAAUUUUCAUCCAAAACUAGAAUAAUCUCACUAUAGAACCAGAAUUUUCUACCAUUCCAAACCCCACCCCUUCAAACACACACAUAGCAUACAUCCUGUUACUUUCCACUCCAGCACCUCCAUGUGCUUUCCUCUGGGAGGAGGUUCUUGCAGCUGGAAGCACAUAUUUUGUGGUCACUGUCAUGUAGAUGGACACUCCAGCCCUUUCAAAAUAGCACUGUGGCCUUAUCUGUUGGGAAAGCACGUACCAGCUAACCUAGUCCAAUGAGAAUGUUAGCCUUACCCGCAGGCUCUCCUCUGUGCAUUCAGGUAUGUGUUACCCAUCUCUCUCCCGCACUUUCCAUUUGCUGCAUUUGCUCUGGAACUUGUUAGCAAGGAAGCAGCAGUCCUCAGAGUGCUUUAAAUUACUCAGUGUCUGUUCUCGCCCCUUAAGAAGCUACAUAUCACAACUAUGAUGCUGCUUUAAAUUUUUUAGAGGCUACAUCUCAAACUAGCUGUGGAUUUUAUCUCCUGCACUGCCAGUAUGCAACCAGUCCUGCUUUUAUUUUACGGAGAAGUACCCAGAAGUUUUACAGAAUGUUGUAUUUUUAUGUCAUUAAGUAAUCCCAAUCAGAAAACUUGAGCAAUGCUGUUUUGUUGUCAGUUUAAGUUAAAAUCAUCUUUACUCAUUAAGGUUCAUAUUAAUGUUCCUUUUACAUAGAGUUGUAUGUGUCCACCUAAAGUCCAUUGUCCACAUUUAACCUGUAAAGGUGUGCUUUGGCAGAAUAUCAGAAAAUUAAGUUCCUGGCUAAGAAUGUGUAAAAUGUAAAAGCACAGCAAACUGCAUUGCACUUAACCACAUAAAGAAAAUCUAGUAGGAAAAAGCACUUUUCUAAAUGCUCAAAUGUUACCAAAAUACUAUAUUUAUAGAAGUAAUCCUCUCUCUGUUAACAGCCAUGAUUUGUUGUUAGAAAUAACUCUUGUGAGUUUUAUAUUGUGCUUUUUUUGGGGUUCUGAUCAUUUCAGCAGUAGUAUAUUUUAAACAGCAGUAUUAUUAUAAGCAGUGCGCUUCAAAAUGUGAAUUAACUUGUUGAAACUGUGGCUCUAACAUCUAUGUGAUUAGUGUAUAUGGUAUUUGCUCUCCAUUAGCAAAAUAAUUCAUUAUAAACCUCACUAGUGCAGAUUGCAGUUCUAUGAGCAAUGUUUCCUAUUGAAUAUAAACUACUGUCUAAAAUACACAUAUCAUGCAGCAGCUCAGCCUUUAUCAGGAAAAUUGUGUUUGGCAAGUUGCUGAAAGUGCACAGUUAUGAAAGAAAGUUAAAGGUAUGCUGCAAAUAGCCAUUCUUCUAUGUAUUAUUAAAAUAUUUACCAGUUCUGUUAAAAGCAGAGCAGACAUUAGACACUAAGGAUCUCUUUGUGAAUUCUUUGUUCUCUAUAGUAGAUUGCUGUUUAUAUGUAAGAAUUUUAUUGCUUAUGUGGCAUACAAUAUUUAUAUACUUUACAGAAGUACAGUACUGAAGUCAGUGGUACACAAACAUUCUGUACAUAUCCUGUGAAGUGUGCUGUCAUAUGAAAUAAAAAUACCUGUCUUUACCAUA